AUGGCGGCAAGCAUAAACUUAGAGGGCUUUGAUGAUUUACUAGAGAACGCGUUAAAGAAAGUCGAUCACCGUUUCCAUUGUGAGAAACAGACACAAGAAGAAAAGCAGAAAUUUGAGAGUGCUGUUUUGGAAAAGCUUCCCGAGGAUUACCUUUACGAAGUCAAUGAAUGUUUAGGUACUGAAUCACAGUUUAAGUUGAAGGUAACUACAGAUAAUCUUUCGUCGGAUGAUUUAAAAGGAUGGCUUGCCGAAUUUCAAGCCCUCAACAAUGUAACUCUCAAAGUUAGAGCAAAGAAGAGAGAAACGAAGGGUUAUUCGACCCAGCAUUACUAUAGAUGCCAACAUGACACCAGACGCUGGAGUCCAAGUAAGGACCCCCAGAGGAAGCUGAAAUUGAAUCCAGCUGCCAGAGUGAAAAAUACUAACUGCCCAUUUCAAAUGGCUGUAAAGAUAGAUGCACAAAACAACUGUGUUAUUGAUAUUGAAUGGGAGCACAACCAUUCACUAUGUACUUUGGAGUCAUCAAAUUUUAAGGAAUUGUCUACAGCAAGCAUCGAAGAAAUUAAGGAGCUGUAUGAAGCAGGUGAAACCCCAUCUACUGCACGCCAGAUAUUCCUGAAGAAAUUCCGGUCUAGCUGCUCGAACGACCUGGACUAUCAUGUGAAGAAAGCAGAUCGCUCCAUGGUACCAAGGAGACGGGACUUUUGCUACAUGUAUCAGCAGUAUGGCAAGGAGAGAUUUGGUGGAAAGAAUGGUGAAAUGCUGGAUAAACUAUCUGCCAAGUUGGAUGAGUUCCACGAAGCUAACCCUGAUGCCUCGGUGGAAUAUCAACAGUAUGGUGGUGAUAAUACUCCAUUGAUAAUAGCCAUAGUGACGCCAUUGAUGAAACGCAUACAUAAGUGUGUUCCACAAAGUGGAGAACUCAUCUUUGUGGAUUCAACAUCAAACACUGAGGAGCAUAAUCUUAAGGUGUUCCUUCUUUGCACUGCUAAUGUUGCAGGUGCACUUCCUUGUGGCUUACUGAUAACCAGUGAUGAGAAAGAAAGCACAUUGAAACAUGGUAUGUAUAUAUACAGACCCAAAACCUAAUUUGUUUCCCCCACUUCACCCUGCCUUAAAUGCCAGAAUUAGCUUUAUGUGUAAAAAAAUACCUGUGGUUCCGGUUUCAUAUCGCAAAAAAAUUAGGGUCGGUAGGUUGGAAAUAAUUUUUUUUGAAUAAUUUUUUCAUGUUUUGUUCAACAAUUAUAGUGUGACAACAGAUGCCAUUGGGCCAUUCCAUUUAAUGUAGGCAACCCCCCCCCCCAUCCCUGAUAAUUGUUAAAUUUGUUUAUAAUAUAUGCUUGUAAAACACAAAGUUUAUAUCACUAGUGUUAAUAACAGUUAUCAACUAAUCUUGGUGAUUAUCCUACAGAGAAAAAGUAAACCCCACUCUGUAUAAAUAGGGGGGUGGGGGUGGCAGUGAUAUUUGUCAAAAAAUGCAAAAUUAUAAUGUUUAUUUCACCUAUUUAUUCAAAUAUUAAUACAAUUUAUAUAAUAAUUUUUGCAAAGUUGUGUACAGAUACUUAUGUAACUUCAACAAAGUGUCACAUACAAAGUCGAUAUUUCAAGUGAAAGUCACAUUCAUUCUUCGGUUCGAUCUCGGAAUGUCUUCAGUAUAUGACACUUUGUCGAGGUUAUAUGUAGUACACAACAUUGCAAAUCUCAAUAUAUUUAAAUUUUUUUAUUGUAUUAAUAAUUUGAUAUUUAUCAUAUAUAGUGAUAUAUAUCACAUUUGAUAGAUACUGUAUAUCUACAUGAUAUAUGUAUUUUACUUGAUCAAGUACUGAUGGAAACUAUAUUGUUGUACAUAAUUAUUGUAUGCUCACUUAAAAUGUUUUCUUUCAAGGUUUUUCCAUGUUAAAGCAAUGCUUACCAGAAGAUGCAUUUUAUGCUAAUGGUCCUGAGCAUGGUCCUGCUGUCAUUCUCACUGACAACUGCCAGGAAGAAAGAAGUGCUUUAAAGUCAGUUUGGUCAUCCACAAACAUGCUUUUGUGCACCUUUCACAUUCUGCAGCAAGUAUGGCGGUGGCUUUUGGAUAAGAAUCAUGCUAUCAGUCAAAUGGACAGACCACCUAUUAUGAGUCUUUUUAAAAGGGCUGUAUUAGCAGAUACCGAAGAAUUAUUUGAGGAAUAUUACAAUGAACUCCUUGACGAGAUAGAGCCAUAUGAGAAUGCUUCUCUAUACUUUGAGGAACUAUAUUCUGACAGAGAAGCAUUUGCACAUUGUUAUCGUUCCAGUCUUCGCAUACGAGGAAAUCACACCAACAAUUUUGUUGAAGCACAAUUUCUUGUUCUGAAAGAUAUUAUUCUUAAAAGGACAAAAGAGUACAACAUUGUGGCCCUUCUUGAGCGACUCCUGGUGGAUUUGGAGGACCACUACAAGGAGAAACUGUUGUCGAUAGCAGAUGGUAGUUUUGAUGGUCAUUACAGAAGGCGAUUUAGUGGUAAGGGCAAGACAAAGAAAGAUGGUGGCCAAGGUUUUGUUCUUCCCACUGAAGAUGAGCAAUUGAGAUUCACAGAAACCGUAAAGAAAUUUCCGAAUGAUGUGUUUGAAGUUGAAAGUCUUUCAAAAGAAAAUGUCAGGUAUGGUUAAGUUCAGGUGACAUAAUGUAUUGAUUGAUUUAAAGUGGAAGUCAAGUCUGUAUGUAAACAAACGGUUUGUUUACAUUUUGAACUGCUGUAUUUUUUUAAAAUAUGAUGUACUGUCUGAAUAUCUAACACCGUUUUGGUCCGCUAUGCUUCUAAAAUCAAUAUGAAAUAGAGUUUAUGUUCAGAAAAAUUUGAAACAUUCGAAAUUUGGGCAAUGUUUACAUCAGAGGUCCUCACAUUGUUAUGAGCAGAACCGAUGUGCAGAACGGACUUGACUUCCACUUUAAGGUACUGUAGCUUGCUAUGGUUGUGACCUCACACAAACUUUUAGGCUUAUGCCAGACGACUUUACUCGUCAAUAAGGCCUCCUGGUUACUUAACGCAUAAAACUACAAUGCACCUUGGUAUGCCCUACUUUGUUAUUUUACUCUGUCUAAUGCCAGGUUAUUUUAUUCGUCAAGAGGUGACUCUUGUACCUUCACCCAUUGACUGGCGUCACUCUGCACUUGACAAGUAAAAUAGUCUGGCAUUAGACAGAAUAAAUUACUAAAGGCUUUAGGAGCAAUGCAAUUUGACAACAAUAGUAUUCUAUUUAAAUAGCAGUUAAAAGAAAGUGUACGGCACCGUAUGGGAUGGCAAAGACCGUUUACGAAAGGGAAAAUUGCUGCGGCGAACGAAAGCUAUCUGCUUACGGAUUGUCGUAACAGCGCAUGCGUAGUAUACGAAAGUAAACAUCCAAGAUGGCGGCGCAAAAUGAAUUGCUGGCCGAGGCAAUUUUAGAGGGCAAAUCGUUCGUAAAUCGCCCGCACACGAGAGCUAUCUCCUUAGGCCAACAGUCACGAAUGACAUUUUGCUAAGCACAUAGCUCUAGUGUGCGCCGGCCUUUAGAGCACAACAUGCUCAAAUAUAAGUAAUUGACUGUUUAUAGUAAGUAUAGAUAGCCUUGAAUCUAGCGAGUGUACAAAUGUUUCUAUAGUUUAUUUUAAUUGGCGCGCAUGGAUCGAUCAAUUGAAACAAGAAUUUGAAGCAGAAAUCUUAGUCCUGGAGAGUUUAACAGCGUAUUUUUAUCUAGAAAUAGGCAAACUAGUUUAAAAUGAUCUACGUCUUAUAUUUCCUAUCAAUAACAAGAGAAAACAAGCAAGAAUGAUUAAGGUUCGACUGUCUAUAGUGAAGAAAAGUGCCUAAUUGUCUGAGGAUUUUUAAGGGUUUUUUGUGAUUUUCUCGAUAUUAUAGUCAGUAUAAUUCCGCGGUAACAAAAAGCCCCAAAAUAAUUUUUACAUCAGGUUUUAGAGCAAUAGCUUGUCUUUAAAUUCCGUAAAUUUCAAGGAAAUUGGAAUUUUCCCGGAUACGGAAAAUUAAUUUUUAAAAAGUGUAACAAUUUGGAAUUUUUUGGAUCGCAAAAAAACACGAUUUUUACACGCUUGUCUUGACAUUGAAAAAUCAUUUCAAAAAUUGCAAAUUGGACCCACGUUCUUUAUAUACAUCUUAUAAACACGUUUAAAAACGAAAGGUGAGGUUUCAUCACACGCCAAUUGAGAAAAACGAAAUUUUCGAGAGGCCGUAGCUCACAAUUUUUUUUGCUAAUUUCGCGAAUCUCAGGUAUGUGUGAGGUUUUGAUAAUUUUCGGCGAUUAAAAUAAUAUUUCAGAAAACAAACCCCACCACGUUUCUGAGUACACAUUAGAGUAUCACUGGAAAAAAUAAGAUUUUUUAUUUUUCCUCAUGUGCCACGUAUUCUCGAUUUUGCUCGGUUUUAGUGGACAUUGUCUCUUAAGUGUACUUGCAUGGUAUGUUUAUGUAAAUACCACAGCUGGGUCACUCAGGGGGUAAGAAGCUUGUUAAACUUAGUGGGCACCACUCCCACAAGGCACUACCAUGGUUGGCACAGAGCAGGGAAAUCUUGAAAAUUUUGAGUCUGUAGAUAAUUGGAAAUGGCAUUUUCAGAGUCUUCUUUUUUGCUAUUUGUGAUUAUAGAAACCAGAACUCUAGACAUGG